UCUCUCUCUCAGUCUCUUUAUCAGUCAAUGUGCUUUUGUAUGUUUUAGAAGCAAACAAUAAUAAUAAAGCAGUUUUAUUUUAUCUUUAAUUUUUUGUUCAUAAAAAAAUGUCUUGGAAAAAUUGGGACGACGACGACGAUUUUACAGAGGAGCAGCUUCUGGCUAUCGACGCAAUCGAAGCUUCCUAUAAGCUCUUUCACUCUUCUUCUUCUUCCUCCGCUACUCCAACCGUUGGGGCUACGAGCUCCGGCCAUGGGCACGAGGUUCCACAUCAUCAAAUCCCUAAUAAUAAUAAUAAUCAAAUCCGCCGCGAAUUGCCUCGUUCCAUCACUUCUCCUACAGCUCAUGAACGAUUUCCCCUCUCUCGUUGCCGAGGUAGGAAUUUUCCAGCGAUGAGGUUUGGUGGUAGGAUUUUGUACAGUAAGACUGCUAGUGAGGUUGAUAGGCGAGCAAUGCAGCUUCUUAAGGUUCUUGAUACCAAGAGAGAUGAAUCUGGGAAAGCUAUCGUUGGCUUAGAUAUUGAAUGGAGACCUAGUUUUAGAAAAGGUCUUCUCCCUGGGAAGGUUGCAACUGUCCAGAUAUGUGUUGAUAAUAAUUAUUGUGAUGUUAUGCACAUUGUCCAUUCUGGUAUCCCACAAAGUCUCCAACAUCUUAUUGAGGAUUCAACACUUGUCAAGGUAGGUAUUGGGAUCGACGGUGACUCUGUGAAGCUUUUCCAUGACUAUGGAGUCUCCAUCAAAGAUGUUGAGGAUCUUUCAGAUUUAGCCAACCGAAAAAUUGGUGGAGAUUCAAAAAAAUGGGCCCUUGCCUCACUAACAGAGACACUUGUUUGUAAAGAGCUCCUGAAGCCAAACAGAAUCAGGCUUGGGAACUGGGAGAUUUAUCCUCUAUCAAAGCAGCAGUUACAAUACGCAGCAACAGAUGCUUAUGCUUCAUGGCAUCUUUACCAGGUUCUAAAGGACCUUCCUGAUGCUGUCAAUGGCUCAUGACGUGAAGGAGGAAAGCUCAAAGAUUUUCCUAUAACCCCAAGAGUGAGCAUCAAAUGUUAUGAUACAUUUAAUCUUUUCUAGUCCAUAAAAUUCUUAUAGGAUUUACAAAGGAUUUUUAAUUUAUGGUUGAUAAGGUCCUGGUACGA